AUGAGCAAAGGUCCGGGACUAUUCUCAGAUAUCGGCAAAAAAGCCAAAGAUCUGUUGACGAGAGACUACACUUCCGAUCACAAGUUCAGUAUCUCCACUUACAGUGCCUCUGGCGUGGCCCUUACCUCUACUGCUCUGAAGAAAGGAGGCGUGCAUGCUGCUGACGUUACCACUCAAUACAAGUACAAGAAUGCUGUAUUCGAUGUCAAAAUCGACACUGAUUCUAGUGUUUUGACAACAGUCACAUUCACAGAGAUCCUCCCAUCGACCAAAGCCAUCGUCUCCUUCAAAGUCCCUGACAACAGUUCUGGCAAGCUCGAGGUCCAAUACUUUCACGACCACGCAACAGUCACCGCAACUGCAGCGUUGAAGCAGAACCCAUUGAUCGACAUAACAGCCACUCUAGGCACACCAGUCAUCUCCUUCGGUGCCGAAGCUGGAUACGACACAUCCUCCAAAACUUUCACCAAGUACAACCUCGGACUCAAUGUCUCCAAAUCAGAUGCAUCCGCUUCCAUUAUAUUGGGAGACAAAGGAGACUCGAUCAAAUCAUCUUACCUUCACCACCUCGACGAAUCCAAGAGAAGUGCUGUAGUUGGUGAGGCUUACAGGAGAUUCUCGACUAACCAAAACACGAUAACCGUUGGUGGAUUAUAUGCGAUUGAUCACUCGACUUCAGUGAAAGCUAAACUCAACAACCACGGCACACUCGGUGCUCUUAUACAGCACGAGGUCAUGCCCAAAUCACUAGUGACUGUUUCCAGUGAGAUAGACACCAAGGCGUUAGACAAGCAUCCAAGAUUUGGUCUUUCACUUGCUCUCAAACCUUGA